ACACUCUCAGUACAACGACAACUAACUAGUUAAUUUACAAUUUACGUACAAUGCGAUAGCUGGCAUCCACAUUCGCCCCAAAAUGUGCGGUUAAAUUCCCCCCGCGAACCGCAGAGCGGCGGCGAAACAGUCGGACAAAAGCGACCGAGAGAAACGAAGCGAGAAGAAGAAGGGCAGAUUAAACAAGUUUGCGUGGAACGGAACGGAAAAUUGCGUGAAAAGAAGAAAGCCACAACGAGCAGAUGCAAUAAUGCCUAAUGUUUAAACAAAUUCGCCAAGGAGAGUUUCGAGUCCAUUUUUGUUUAAGUCCGUCAUCCGUGCGUGCUUGUGAGUGUGUGUGUACAUGUUGUGUGUGUGAGUAGUGGAAAGAGUGGAAAUAAUGAGAGUGUCUCAGUCCGAGUGCAAAUGAAGUUGGCCAAGCCCAAAACGAGAAUUAAUUAAAGCGACUAAGAAAAGUGCCCAUCGCGGAGGAUUAACUACGCCCAGGGGUCAGCCAACAAGAUAAAGAAAGAAAAAAUAAACUAACCCAACGAUCGGGGGCAGGACGAGGAAGGAUCCAAUCCAAAAUGAGCGAGGAACUGAAAGUGGUGCUGCGCCGCAGCGAGCAGCAUUCCGGUUUCGGGUUUUCGCUGCUCGGAACCACCGGACCGCCACAUGUCAUCUACGACAUCGUCGAGAAUUCGCCGGCAGCCGAUUGCGGAGCGGUUGAGGCCGGGGAUGUCAUCCUCAAAGUCAACGGAACGGAUGUCCAUCGCUACACAACGAAGGAAGUUCUCAAAUGCCUGCGCCUGUCGGAACAGCUGGUGACCUUGGAGCUGAAGCGAGAUCCCAAGCUCAAGGCGCGGAUCAAAGAGCAGCUGGCCAACACGCAGAGUCCGCACUAUGUGGACAUUGAGUCGCCAAACAUCUACGACUACCACAGCAACAGCACCAACUCCUCGCCGAAUCACCGGGCCAACGCCGGCGGAAAGGGGGCGGCGACGACCACGCCCUCUCAGAGCGGACUGCGCUACAAGUCGCCCACGCACUUGCCAUCGCUGCGGCAGAAUUCAUCGCCCCUGCUGGCGAGUGGAUCAACCACAACCACGACCACCGCCACCCAUACGCACACCCACAGUCGCAACUCCUCGGCCAGCUCCACCAAGAUCAAGGUGGUGGAGACGAGCAUCACCACCUCGACCACGGGCAUAGUGGGUCUUGCCUCACCCACCGGCAGUGCUGGUGGUGGUGUUUGUGGUGGAGAGGCCACCUCGCCCACCUUUCGUCCCUCACGCAUUCCACAAGCGCUGACCAAAUGUGCCGUACCCAAACCCGUGCCCGUUCUCCAUUCGCCCCAGAAUAAACGGCCACGCCCCUCGCAGAUUCCGACAAAAGCGGCGAACGGCAACGGGAACGGCCAUACCGCCCAGCUGCCACCCCAAUCGCUGCAGCAUUCAAACAGCUACAGCGGCAGUCCGGUGACCAGGCAGCGGUUCACGGACAGGGAGCAGGAAAGGGAGCCGGAACCGAACUCGGCGCCACCGCAGCCGGCGAAGGCGCCACGCUUUGAGGCUUAUAUGAUGACCGGUGACCUGAUCCUCAAUCUGUCCCGGACACCGCAAACCAGCAAUCCUCUGCCCGCCCAGGCCAAGAAGGUGGACAGCCUCCGGGAUUCGCCCAGUCGCCUGGUUAACGCGCGUAUCAAUGGUGCAUUAGCACCACGUGCCUCUGGUGAAUCCUCGCCCACUUCCUCAUCCUCGGUGGACUCGCCCACCAACACCAGCUCGGAUUCGGUGAAGCGCGAGGCGAAGUUGCUGCGGAAACAACAACAACAACAGCAGCAGCAACAGCAGCAACAACAACAACCUCACCAACAGCAACAGCAGCGGGACAGCAUCAAUAACAGCUACAACCGCAAGGAUUCGCUGACCAACGACACGCUGCUAAUGUGCGAGGAGCUGGAGCCCGAUGAGGAGGGCGAGUACGUGUUGGAGGAGGACAACAAACAGCAGCGACAACGCCAACAGCAGCAUCGAUACCGCCAGCAGCAAAACCAGCAACGCUACGAAUACUACCAAAACGAUGACGAGCUGGAGGAGCAGGAGGAGGUGGAGGAGCGUGAGGAGGAUCAAACGCACUACGACAUCACCAACAUCGACACCUACCAGAGCGGAAUGGGCCGUGGUGACGAGGAUGACAGCGAUCGGCAGUGUCUGGUGGACGACGACGACGAUGACGAUGCCUACGACGAGGAGGAGAACGAUGCCGGCGACGAGGAUUACUCGACCAACUCGCUGGGCUCUGGUUCGGCCAAGCAGAGAUUGCGGGCGCUUAAGCAACGGACCGCUACCCGCCAGCAGCAACGAAAUCGGGAUGCCGUCGACUGCGCCGGACGCUCCGGAUCGGGAUCUUCGUCCACCACGGUCAAGAGCGAGGCGGGCGGCCUGGGCCUGGACGAAACCUCCUUCUCAGUGCCAACCUCACCAAUCUCGCUGUCGACGCCACUGAUCGACAAGGAGACGGCCAACUCCGUGCCCACCAGCCCGGAGCCCAGUUCGCUAGUCCCGGAGUCGAGCAGUGGCGCUGGCGCCGGAGCAGUCGUGGUGCGCCGGCACAACGGGCAUGUGGUGCGGAAGUGCGAUGCCGCCGGUUUCCGCACCAGCAAGUCCGAGGACCAUCUGCAGCAGAUCCAGCGCGAGGGCAUUGCCGCCGUGAUACCCAUCGACAUCGAUGAGGAUGUGAAUAGCUCGCUGAACACGCUGCUGGACACGCGUCAGGACUCCGAGGACUCGCAGGCUUCGGAUCGCGAUCGGAUCGUGUGGACCUAUAAUGCCCCACUGCAGCCGCACCAAUUGGCGGCCCUCCAGCGACAGCAGCAACAGCAAGAGCAGCAAUUCCAACAGCAACAGCAGCAACUCCAGCAGCAACAUCAGCAGCAACUCCAGCAGCAACAACAGCAGCAGCAACAACAACAGCAACAGCAGCAACUCUACGGUCAGCAAUCGCAUUCAAAUUCACAUUCAAGUUCCAUUAGUUCGUCGCCCCAGCACUCGGCUGUGGGCAGUCCGGCCUCGCCCACGUCGGUUUCCUCGUCGGUGAUGUCCUCGUCGGGCUCCAAGGGCGCCCUGGGCCUGGGCAGCAGCAGCAACGGUCCCAUGGCCGCCGUGCAGCAACAACAGCACCAGCGGGAGCAGGGCGGCCAGGUCGCGCAUCCGCCCAGCGGGAUUCCCGGCCUGCUGAGCUGCCCAGGCGGCGGGCCCGGAAACAAUGGUGGUGGUGGAGGCAUUUGUGGUGGCGGUGGUGGUGGCAACAACGAUCAGAGCGUCUCAGCCAUUUCGAAUAUAUCUAGUCCCGACUACCAAGACGACGAUAACUUAUUAAGCUCUCGCGAUAUUCUAGGCGGCAUGGUACUUAGCGAUCCCAGUGACUCGGACUCAACCAUUCUCGUCUCGGACGCGGCCGCCCAGCAGCGCCAGCAGCUCAAGCAGCAGUUGCGCGCCCAGCAGCAACAGCAGAGGGAGAGGGACAGGGAGCGGGAGAGGGAUCGGGAUCGGGACCGGGAACAGUCCGAGCACAAGGUGGUCAUCCAAGUGCGGGGACUGGACAGCAACAGCAGCGGCGGCGGCAACGGCCGCUCCGAAGAGGAUGUGGUCACGCUGACGGAAGAGCCGCUGGGCACGAUGGCCAUUGGUAUGCGGGACGCCUCGCCGCCCGUCUCCGACGAUGGCAGCGAUGUGGAGUCACUCCACUCAUACCACUACUCGCCCAAGGCCGUGGACAUGCCCUCGGCCAUUCGCCUGGCCAAAAGACUGUACUCACUCGACGGUUUCAAGAAGAGUGAUGUGUCGCGACACCUCAGCAAAAACAAUGACUUUAGUCGAGCGGUGGCCGAUGAGUAUCUGAAGCAUUUCACCUUCGAGAAGAAGUCACUGGACCAAGCGCUGCGUGAGUUCCUGCAGCAGUUCUCACUGUCCGGCGAAACGCAGGAAAGGGAGCGGGUGCUGGUGCACUUUUCCAAGCGCUUCCUCGACUGCAAUCCUGGCACCUUCAAUUCGCAGGACGCCGUGCACACGCUGACCUGUGCCAUAAUGCUGCUGAAUACGGACCUGCACGGCCAGAACAUGAAUCGCAAGAUGAGCUGUGCGGAAUUCGUCGACAACCUGGCGGAUCUCAACGAUGGAGAGAACUUUCCCAAGGAUGUGCUCAAGUCGCUUUACCAGGCCAUUAAGACCAAGCCGCUGGAGUGGGCACUAGAUGAAGAGGCGGGCGAUCUGCAGCAGCAAAGAGCUAACAACAGUGCCCUAGGGAAUGUGGGUCAGAAUCCCUUCCUCGAUCCCCCCGAACUGGCAACAGCUGUGGAGUACAAAAAAGGCUAUGUGAUGCGUAAAUGCUGCUACGACAGCAGCUAUAAAAAAGCUCCCUUUGGCAAGCGCUCCUGGAAGAUGUUUUACUGCACUCUGCGUGAUCUUGUGCUGUAUUUGCAUAAGGAUGAGCACGGUUUUCGCAAAAGUCAAAUGUCCGACAAUCUGCACAAUGCAAUACGCAUACAUCACGCACUGGCCACCAAGGCCAACGACUACACAAAGAAGCAACAUGUGUUCCGUCUGCAGACGGCCGACCAGGCCGAGUAUCUGUUCCAGACCAGUGACUCCAAGGAGCUGCAGUCGUGGGUUGAGACGAUCAAUUAUGUGUGCGCCGCUAUUUCAGCGCCACCGCUCGAGGGCGGCGUGGGCAGUCAGAAGAGGUUCCAGCGUCCGCUCCUGCCCAGCAAACAGUCCAAGCUGCUGCUGAAGGAGCAGUUGGAUUCGCACGAGGUGCAGCUGGCCCAGUUGGAUCAAGAGCUGAACGAGCACAAGAAGGGUCCGAUUCCCAGCAAGGGCUUGGCUCUGCAGAACUACAAGGAGAAGGAGAGCUACCUGCAGUACGAACUGAGACGCUACCGCACCUAUGUGAGCAUCCUGAGCGCCAAGAUGCUGGCUGACCAGCAGCAGCUGGAGUUGCAAGCACUGCAGCCGACUCCGGCGGCGCACGAGGAAGAGGCCGACACAUUCCCAGUGGGCACCACCGCCUGCCCGCCAACCACGCCGCAAAGUAUUAACCAGAAGGAUCUGCAGAAGGAGCAGCAGCAGCAACAGCCAACGAACAGAGCGCCCAGGAUCUCAGUGUCGACCAAUGUGGGUUGGCGCAAGCUACUCUGGGACUCCGUUUGCUGCGGUGUUUUGUUGUGUUGCUGGCAUUACUGUGCUGUUAUCACUGUUUUAACCUAAUCCGUUCUCUGUGUAAAUAUAUUUCGUGUGCGUUCCUUUCGUUUUGCAUUUCGCAUCGCCAUCAUAAUGCCCCACAUCCCCACAAGUACAAGCUUUAAUUUUGAAUAGUUUUAACUACGAUACGUAUAACAAUAACUGAAUCCAGACUUAAGUGUUGCGCGUUGGCAAUUAAAACCACGAGGAGACAGAGGAGACCCCUAAUGUAAUUAGUUCUUAUGUGAAUAAUGGUUUUAUUUUGGAUGCAACCACAACCACACAACAUGCUGUGAAAACUCAAUGAACAAUUCAUAAUCGAUAAUUAGGAAUUUAGAGACUCAAACGAGUGACCGUUUGGAAAGGAUUUAAAGUCAAGAUUCGAAUAGUUAACUAUAGAAAACCGUUUUUUGUAGCACUAGUAGUAAUCCAAAGUUUUGGCGUUAUAUGUAUACAAACAACAAAAAUUAUAUUUAGAAACGAAAUUGAACGAAGAUUGUAGAAAACACAAAUGUGGUUCAUUAGUAGCAAACGUUUACGUUUAAACCUAAGCUAGAGGCAUUCUAAAUAUACAUGCAAACAACAUAAUCACAAACGAAAAAUAGCAUUAAACACGUUUUACAAACCCGCACACAUCCAGCAGAUAGAGAUACAAUUUUAAGUAGACAGAAUCAAUUAAGCCAUUCCACACCCACACACGACACGAUACUGCACUAAUUGCUGGUGGUUACACCGAUGUACCAUAUAAGACUCAUGCUAACCCGACGACAUUUGGUGACCCCGACCCCUAGGUGAACCCAAAGCAGUUGCCGUUACUCGUUGCCCGUUUGCCAUUUCGUUAUCCCGUUCAAAUGCGUUGCUACGUUCCACCCAAAUGCAAUGUCACAAGUGAAAAGCAAAACCCAAAUGGAAGAAUUCUUCAAUCUUACAGAUGGUUCGAUGUCUUCUGCUGCUGUAGCCCACUCUGGCGGCACUUGAUCCAUUCGAAAAGCCAUUAACCAACUUAGUCUCUUGCCAAGAUUUAGCAUCAGCCACAGCACAGUCCACGAAGCACCGCGCCAGAGGCUAGUGAUCCGCUCCAAGAGGUGCUCCUUGUAAAUGCCCCGACCGUACUGACCGCCUGUCUUAAAUGUGAGCAGGCCGAGGCCAAAUCUCAAUGUUAAUUGUUAACUCUUCAGUGUCUAGCUUGGCUUAGUGCGAACCUAUACGAAUAUCCACCAUCUGACACCCCGUUUUUCGUUUCAAAAUCCACGAUUGCUAACCCCGCUUAUCGUUCUACACUUGCAGAAAAGAGAAGAAAAAGAAAUAAUUAAGUUUUAUUUCGCUCUUGAUUUCGAUCAUUUCAAAACUCGUAUACCAACACACACACCUUCACCAAAUCCCCGCCUUCUGGCCAUUGGUAAGUGCCACGCACAGUUUGAAAUUGUCAGCUAUUCGACUUAAGCAUGUAACUUAUGUUUUCUCUUCCCACCAGAGCAGCAGGCGAUUGAAUGAAUGAAUUUGAAUAGAAUACUCCGAAAUGCCAGGCUGCCUCCGCCGGGAAUACAGACAGAUCAGAUUCACAGAUCCACAGAACCACUCACCCACUCGCAUACUCUGCACCACUCACGCCACACCCACCCACUUACACUCAAGCGUUGCGGCUGUGCCGUGCAUGCCACAGAAGAAAUUCGGAAUUUGUGCACUUUCAAUUAUUGAAACCCCAAAAUGGGGGCUAAAUGGGAGAACAUUUGAGACAAUUAGACUACCAACACGAUAAUUAACGAGGGAAAGUUUUACGUUUGAAGGUCGUUCAUCAGAAGGUAUCGGCACUAUCUCGAAUUCGAGCAUUUGAUAUCAUAAGUAUGAAGCUACUUAUCCAUAAGCGGGUACUCGAAAUCGGUUUCACUGAGUUGAAGCUAUACAAUCUAUUCGAUUCGAAUUUAAUUUGAAUUAUCGUUCAUGUUUGCUUCGCCAAAGAUUCUGCUGGACGGCUGCUUAGGAGCGAGAAUGAAUACUGCUUAUACACAUAGACUUAUUAUUACAAGAGUUGAUAAACAAUACUUACAUCAUUACCUAUGCUAUCAUUAUAAAUGAUAAAAAUAAAUUAUAAAUUAUUGAACAAUAUCUCUACGCAACUAGAAGAUGGAGAACAUCGGCAGUAACAAUAACACAAUGAAAACGAGGACAAGAGCAUUAGCAUUAAACCUAAGCAAUUACAACCAUACCACGUACGACUUGUUUUUGGUCUUUUGCGAUACAUUAUCACAUUAUCUGUGUAGGUACACUUACUCUAAUAUUAUGUACGGAUUAAUAUAUUUAUUUAAACACUUAUCGGUUGAUUACGCGACAUGUCCAUGUAGCUAGAAUAUGAAAUUGAUAUCGAUUACGGGGUAAAGAGAGACAAGGAGGAAUCAAUAAAUUUAAAUACAUCAUAUAUUUUUGAAUAUAUUAUCAUUAUUUUAUUGUGUAAUUAUGUAAAUGCAGAUUAUAUAACAUUGUUUAUAAUAAUUUUUAAAAUUCUACUGAAACGGCAAUAAAUUCGAGCAAACAAA